AUGUCUGAUGGGAAUGAUGAUAACCCGGUGCGAACAAACACCGAACAAAUGAAAGAAAUAAUUGCCGAAGAGGUAGGAAAGGCAAUUGAAGGCAGUCUAUCCGGGUUUAUAGACAAGAUUCAAAGCACGGUGUUGUCACUCGUAGAAGAACGAGUUAAAAGGUUGGAGGAUACUGUCAACCUUAUGAAAGAUAAAACUGGAGAACGCAAAGGGUGUUCGUAUAAGGAAUUUAUGGCGUGUAAACCGCCAAUCUACAACGGGGAGGUUGACCCGAUAAUUUGUCAAAGAUGGAUAAGUGAUAUUGAAGGGGUGUUUGAAUGGACCCAUUGUGAAGUAGGCGACUUUGUCGCCUACGGAACGGGUCAAUUGAGGAACCAAGCUAAAGAUUGGUGGGAUAACAAAAAGAAGGAAAUGGGAGCCGAAGCGGCGAGGGUUAUGACUUCGGACGAGUUUAAGGUACCAUUCCUUAAACACCACAGUCCCAAAGCGGUUAUCAAUAGAAUCAAAGAAGAAUUCAUCCAGCUGAGACAAAAGGGUGAAACAAUCGAUAAGAUCACGGGCAUCUUCAUGGAUAAGCUCAGAUUUUGUGAAGAGUUAGUCACCACUGAAGAACAAAAGAUAUAUUACUAUUACAACAUGCUGAGUGCUGAGUACAGGGAAUUUAUGACUCCGUCAAAAUACGAAACCCUCACGGAGAUUAUCAACACCGCCCGGGAGCGGGAAAUCGAGUUAAGGAAACAGGUGGAGAGAGGUGAACGAAGGGCACAGGAUGUGAAUCCAAGCCCUACAAAGAAAGCUAGAACUACGGAAUCGGGAAAGAAAGUGGAUGCUAAAGGCGGGUCGCCGAGUUGCAAAGUGUGUGGUAAAGGGCACAAAGGAGAGUGCCGCUUCAAAGACAAGCCGUGCCCGGUAUGUGGGAAGACGGGGCACAUCGCAUUACUAUGUCCCGGGAAAGUUUCUGUAUGCUACAAGUGUUAUCAACCCGGUCACAAGAAAUCUGAAUGUCCUGAGUUGGUUGAAAAGAGGGACACAAAAAAGUCUCCAAUAGAAGCCCCCAAAGCGAAGGCUAGGUCCUUCCAACUUACCGCAGCUGAAGCAAAGACAGAACCCGAUGUGGUUUCAGGUGACGUAAUGGAUCUUACGGAUGGCGGUCGAGCGAAUAAUGAAGAACCGAACACUACAUUUUGA